AUGGAAAACUAGUUGCCAAUAAAAAAGAAAACCUAUCCUUCAGAGUCAUAACAAGAUGAUAAGAACAAAACUGGAAACCAAAAGUUCUAAACUGAUAAGCUAUUUGCAAGUUUGUAGAAAAUAACCUUGCUGGAUAUUUUAGAUGAGUUUGCCAAAGAAUCUGAGAACAAGAGUAUAACAGACAUUCUGAAGGCUAUUCUUAAUAACGUUGAGAAUAAGCAAAAGGAACCUGAAGGGAAGAUUGAUUGGAAUUCAGGAAAGUAUGAUAAACCAAACAAUAAUUACAACUAAAAAUUUGAGUCAAAUAAUAAUUUUCAAAAUAACAAAUUUAAAAAGAGAAAUACAGAAGGGGGUUGGAAUGAUAAUUAACGGAAUGAUUAUGGCAAUAAAGAAAAUGGAAGAGGUGGAUUUGAUAGAAAUGGAGGCAAUGAUAGAAGUAAACCUUGGGAAAAUAAAGAUGGUAGAAAAGGAAACUUUUAAAGAGGAGAUAAUUGGAAAUAGAAUUAGGAUGGCAAGAAGAAUGGAGGAGGUAAUCCUAAUGGGGACUGGAAUAAUAAGCAAGGAAAUGGGAACAAUAAUGACUGGAAGUCAAGUAGUAAUAAUAAUGAUUGGAGGAUUGGUGGAAAUAACAAUGAAUGGAAGUCAGGUGCUAAUAAUAAUAAUGACUGGAAGACCAGUGGAAAUAACAAUGAUUGGAAAACUAGUGGAAAUAAUAAUGAAUGGAAAUCAAGUGGAAAUAAUGAAUGGAAAACUAGUGGAAACAAUGAUUGGAAAUCAAGUAGUAACAAUAAUGAAUGGAAGGUUGAAGCAACAACUGAGUAGGUUCAACCAAUUUCUUGGGGAUCACCUAAGUGA